AUGGUACCCCCUAAAGACCCCGAGUCCGGCUACGAAAACACGACGUGGUGCAACAGGGACCUCAUCCCCAUUCCACCCGACAGACGCACCUAUGGCUUCGUUUCCUACAUGGCAUACUGGACUGUUUCCGGCUCCAACAUCUCGGCUUGGACCAUCGGCAGCACCUUGCUAGCCUUUGGCCUCAGCCCCCAGCAAGCAAUCGCGGCAGUUGUUGUCGGAGGCAUCAUCACCGGACUGCUGGCCGUGCUGUGCGGCUGGGUCGGCGCCAAGCAGAACAUCGGCUUCACCGUCUCGAGCAGAAGUUCCUGGGGGAUGCGAGGAUCCUACUUCCCCGUCGUUCUACGCGUCUUUGUCGCCUGUAUUUGGUUCGGCAUGCAAGCCUUUUGGGGCGGCCAGGCUACUCGUGUUUGCCUCGGUGCCGUGAUCCCAGGUCUUGCCCACAUGCAAAACUCCUUCUCCGCCGACUCCCACCUCGAGACCAAGGACUUUAUCGGCCUUGUGAUAUGGAUCUGUGCCUUUGCUCCCGCCAUCCUCAUACGACCCGAGCGGCUGCAGAUUCCCUUUGCCGCCUGCUUUGUCCUGUUUUCCUGCACCAUCUUUGGGUUGCUCAUCUGGGGCGUGAGCCAGGCCCACGGACCCGGCGCUCUGUUCCAACAGCCGGCCACGGCGCCCAACGUCGGCUGGGCUUUCAUGUUCAGCUUGACCGCCAUCAUGGGCGCGUGGGGAGGCGGAACGCUGGGCCAGUCCGACUGGACUCGAUAUGCCAGCCGGAAAUUGGCGCCGGUGCCUUCGCAGCUGGUCGCUUCGCCAGCCACCAUCACCGUCACCGCCGUCAUCGGCAUCGUCGUGACGAGCGCCGCCAAGGACGUCAUCGGCGGCGACGUGCUUUGGAACCCCAUCUACCUCCUCGCCGCCAUCCAGGAGUACUACGGCUCGAGCUCCGCCGUUCGCGCCGGCGUGUUCUUUGCCGGCCUGGGGCUCGUCGCAUCCCAGCUUGCGAUAUCGCUCAUCCUCAACGCAAUGUCCUGCGGCAUGGACAUGGCCGGCUUGUGGCCCAAGUACAUCAACAUACGGCGAGGAGCCGCCAUCAUGACCGUCAUUGGCAUCGCCACACAACCGUGGCAGCUUCUGGCCACGGCCACCAAAUUCCUCCAGGUGAUGAGCGGCUUCAGCGUGUUUCUGGCUCCGUUGACGGGCAUCUUGCUAGCCGACUACCACGCAGUACGCCGACGCAAGCUGAAAGUGGACGAUUUGUACCGCGGAAACGACACGAGUAUCUACUGGUUCAGCCGCGGGGUUAACUGGCGAGCACCCGUCGCUUUUGCCCUGGGAACCUGGCCAAUGCUACCCGGCUUGGUAGCGACGGUGAACCAGUACGCCGACCCGCCGUGGGUCGGCUGGAUCCGGCUUUACAACCUGUCGUUUCUUGUGGGGACGUCCGUGUCCUUUGCCGCGUUUUGGGCGCUGGGCUUGGCCUUCCCCCCGCGGGGGCUCGGGGCCGAGUCGGAGUUUGCGGCCGCGCCGCCCUACAGGCCGUCCAGCUCGGCCGUGCGCGACAGCGCGAGCGACGGCACCGGCCGACUGGACGACGCGGGCGAGAAGUCUCCGGUGUUGGUCGUCUAG